AUGGCCCAACACAAGAUCCACGUGGCUGUGCUAGACGCCGACAUUCCCUGUCUCUCAGUAUACAAAGCGCGGGGUCUAUACAGCUCGCAAUUCCGCGUGCUCCUGCAAGCAGCCGCGCGGCGCCUGAAUAAAAAUCCAGAAACCCUCCAAAAAGGAUCUCUUGCCGUCCAUGUAACGGCGUUCGAUGCCGUUGGCGGGUCCCUACCUCCUCUGGAAACACUACGAACAAACCCGCAGUCUCCAGACGAGCCUCACGCCAAUGGACCGCUGAGUCCAAUAGAUGCAAUCCUAAUCACGGGCUCAGCAUCCUCAGCCUACGAUGAUGACCCUUGGAUCCACGCAAUGCAAUCCUACAUCCAAACAGUGCACACCCACUACCCAAACAUCAAGCUUUUCGGCUCCUGUUUCGGACACCAGAUAAUUGCCCAAGCCCUUCUCCGCACUACGAAAAACACAAACCACUCACCAUCAUCAACAUUCCACGUCGCGCAUUCCCUCGCCGGGUACGAAAUGGGUAUCCAGCCCAUCACCCUCGAGCCCUCAUUCACCGCACGCUUCCCGCCUCUUGCACGUGCCACAGCUCAGAACCCAUUUCGCAUACAGCUGAUCCACGGUGAUGCAGUCGUGCCGACCCCCGAGGCUGAAGCUGCUGCGGACCAGGCGGGGAUCUCACUGCCGGCACCGUGGUCUAGUAUCGGAAGUAGUGCGCAGUGCGCUAUCCAAGGUCUCUAUAACCCUGGCCGGGUCCUGACAUACCAGGGUCACUUUGAAUUUGACACUUUUGUGAAUGGGGAGCUUGCACAGGAGUUUGGGCGUCGUGCGGGUUGGUCGGCAACUCUUGUGGCAGAGUAUCUGGAGCUGAUUUAUCGCUCGCGCAUUCCUGGGUUGGAUGAUGAUGAUGAUGCCAAGGCUGCAGCUGAGGCGGUUUUGUUAUUCUUUGCUGGAGAGGAUGGGAAUGAUGGGGAUUUAGUGGGGUGUGGUGGUAUUAGUACUGGUAUGAUUACACCUCCACUAGAUUGA